AUGACUGGGAGAUUAAGACACGUUGUGCUUGGUAUAAUCAUCAAACUCGUUUCCUCACUCACCACAGAAGAACAAGAAUUCUAUCUUCUUAACAUAGUGAUUCAGAGUUAUGGCUAUGAUGUUGUAGCAGUUUUAUUGUUUUUAGUUUUGUCUAAAUAUGAUUUUUCCGUACAUUGUUUGAAAUGUUUUGAACAUCUUGACAUCAUCAAAGCCGAAUUCGAAAAUGAAUGCCCUGGUGUAGUUUCUUGUGUUGAUCUUCUUGUGGUGGCUAUUUAUGAAAGUGUGAUUCUAGCUGGUGGACCAUUUUAUCCAGCUCACACAGGUAGAAAAGAUAGCAAUCGAUCUUUCUCUCAACUCUCCUAUGAGUUGGUUUAUGGCCAUUUCAUGGCGUUUUGCUCGUUAUUUGUUCAAUCCAUCCGGUUUCAAGUGGCAAAAAGGACUUCAGAGACUGGACAAAUUAGCUCUUCUAUGGAGGUGGAGUUAGUGUUAAAGGAGAAGAAAGUUGGGAAGCUUGGUGAGAUGAAGAAUUGUCUGAUAUUCGAAAAAGGGUUAUGGAGAUGA